AUGAGCUCGCGGUAUUACGCGAAUACAUCGCUUCGGCCCAGGCGAAAGGAUGGAUUCGACGAUCAAUCAGUCCUGCAGGCUCUCCGAUUCUCUUCGUUCCUAAAAGGGAGGAAGCUACGGUUAUGUGUCGACUACCGUGGGUUGAAUAAGGUGACCAAGAAGAACCGAGCGGCUUUGCCAUUGAUCUCGGGGAUCUUGGACCGACUGGGGGACGAGUGGAAAACAGCAUUUAGGUGCCACUAUGGCCAUUACGAAUACCAGCAAUAUAUCAACGAUGCACUAGAAGGCCUGGUUGACAUCAUCUGUGUUGUCUAUCUGGACGACAUCCUUAUCUUCAGUGAAGACCCGGAACAGCAUGAAGGCCAUGUCAAGGACGUCCUGCAAAGGUUACGAAAAGCCGGACUUUACGCCAAUCUGAGCAAAUGCGAAUUCUCGGUGAAGAAAGUCUCCUUCCUGGGGUUCGUGGUCGAUGAGGAAGGAAUCCACAUGGAAGAGGAACGGAACUACAGCAAGAUCGUGUCUCCGCUCACGGAUCGUCUCCGCAAGGGCAUCGAAGCCUUUCAAGCUGGAUCCAAAAGCAAUGAGGGCUUUUGA